CGGACGGACACCCCAGAGAGUUAGGCAGCGGAAGUGGCAGCUGGCGGCCUCCACCGAGCAAGGCGGAUGCUGCCCUGAAGGUGGACCUCUGUGGCAAGGGGAUGGUGACCGAGUGAGUGAUCUGUGGACGGCCCCCUUACUCAGCCAGGUUUGUCUCCACAUUUUGAGCAUCGGAAGCGGCUUCCGGAUCUAAGCAUUCCCCGCGCUCCUUCACCCUCUGAAGAGAUGUCUGUCACGUACGACGAUUCCGUGGGGGUCGAAGUGUCCAGCGACAGCUUCUGGGAGGUGGGGAACUACAAGCGGACGGUGAGGCGGAUUGACGAUGGCCACCGGCUGUGCAGCGACCUCAUGGGCUGCCUGCAUGAACGGGCACGCAUCGAGAAGGCCUACGCCCAGCAGCUCACCGAGUGGGCCCGCCGCUGGCGGCAGCUUGUGGACAAGGGGCCACAGUACGGCACCGUGGAGAAGGCCUGGAUGGCUGUCCUGACGGAGGCGGAGAGGGUGAGCGAGCUGCACCUGGAGGUCAAGGCCUCGCUGAUGAAUGAGGACUUUGAGAAGGUCAAGAAUUGGCAGAAGGAGGCCUUCCACAAGCAGAUGAUGGGCAGCUUCAAGGAGUCCAAGGAGGCCGAGGAUGGCUUCCGGAAGGCACAGAAGCCCUGGGCCAAGAAGCUGAAAGAGGUGGAGGCGGCGAAGAAGGCGUACCACACGGCGUGCAAGGAGGAGAAGCUCGCCGUCUCCCGGGAGAGCAGCAGCAAGGCCGACCCGGCGCUCAACCCCGAGCAGCUGAAGAAGCUGCAGGACAAGGUGGAGAAAUGCAAGCAAGACGUCCUCAAGACCAAGGAGAAGUACGAGAAGGCGCUGACGGAGCUGGACGCAGGCACACCUCAGUACAUGGAGAACAUGGAGCAGGUGUUCGAGCAGUGCCAGCAGUCCGAGGAGAAGCGCCUGCGGUUCUUCCGGGAGGUUCUGCUGGAGGUCCAGAAGCACCUGGACCUGUCCACCGUGCCCAGCUACAGAAACAUCUACCGAGACCUGGAGCAGAGCAUCAAGGUGGCAGACGCUGUAGAGGACCUCAGGUGGUUCCGAGCCAAUCACGGGCCGGGCAUGUCCAUGAACUGGCCGCAGUUUGAGGACGAAGAGUGGUCCGCAGACCUGAACCGGACGCUGAGCCGGCGAGAGAAGAAGAAGGCGGCUGACGGCGUCACCCUGACGGGCAUCAACCAAACGGGCGACCAGCCCCUGCAGAACAAGCACAGCAGCAGCCAUAGCGGCGCCAGCAACCCCACCCAGUCCUCCCAGUCCAGCUACAACCCCUUCGAGGAGGAGGACGACACGGGCAGCACCGUCAGCGAGAAGGAGGACGCGAAGGCCAAAAACAUGAGCAGCUACGAGAAGACCCAGCCCUACCCCGCGGACUGGUCGGACGAUGAGCCGAACAACCCGUUCUCCUCCACGGACGCCAAUGGGGACUCCAACCCCUUCGAGGAGGACGCCACGUCGGUGCCAGGGGUGCGGGUGCGGGCCCUGUACGACUAUGAGGGGCAGGAGCAGGACGAGCUGAGCUUCAAGGCGGGGGAUGAGCUGACCAAGAUAGAGGAUGAGGAUGAGCAGGGCUGGUGCAAGGGACGCUUGGACAACGGAGAGGUUGGCCUGUACCCAGCAAACUACGUCGAGGCGAUCCAGUGACCAGGACCGGUGGGCAGGCUGGAGGCAGGGGCCGGAGACUGCUGUCCCUGGAGUUCCAUUAGCCAGUGGCCCUGGGCAGCAGCAGCACCAUCGUGUGUCCCCCGACAGCCGUGUGGGGCACCCACUCCUCCUGCGAACGAUGAUGGUUCCGUUGCUCCCGGCUUCACAGUGUCCUCCCCAGAGGUGGACGAGCUGGUCACCUCUCCCGGGAUGCAGCCCCUUCCCAAAACAUGCCCAGAGCGGCCCGAGCUCAGGACAAAGUAUAGCCGAUAUGGCCCCUGCUCGCUGGCUUUUUGGGGCCCCUCCUGCCUGCCCCCUCGCCUGUCAUGCCCCACACUCGCUCCCAGCCAGCUGCUGAUUCCCACGCCUCUGGCCAGCCAGCCACCUCCCACCCACACGAACAAACUCACGUGCCAUUUUCUGCUUGAAGAUAGGGAGGUUUCUUUUAAUUUAAAGUCUCUGUCCAUGAAUGCCCCUCCCCACUUUGAAAAAUAGACCUGCUUUUCCUCACUCAUUCAUUCUUAAAUUGUGGCUUCGAUUGGCGCCUGCCAGUCUUGACGAAAUGGCCCGUUUCUCCCUGGCCCUGCUGCUGGCCACAGGAGGCGUCAUCGCCCAUGUGGGUGAAUGGAUGGAGGUGGGGGUUGCUUGUGGGUGAUCUUCUAGGCCAGGGAGGGGCCUGGGCUGCGGUCCAGAAGUCACCUGCAUUGGACUUGCCGAAGCCACCAUAGUUAAACUUUUUACCCACCCACCCCCCUACCUCCCGCAUUCCUUGCAUUCGACUCUCCUGCCCGUUUACCGUUCGGUCUGAUUUGGAAAACUCAAGACGGCUACUUCUGUAUGAAACCAGAAGGCGUCUUCCGCCGGCCCACCCCGUCUCAGUGUCAGUCUGUAAAUAUUGUUUGGUAUUCAGAGAAUUCUAAACGCGUUUGUCUGCCGCGCUCACGAGAGUGGAUGGCCACAGUCGUCGCAAACCGCUCAGAGCCCAUGACUUUGGCGCAGGAGUCUGGCUCUGUUUAAGUUGAGUCCACGCCGGCUAGUUCAGGGUCAGCAUUUAAGUAGCCUUAGUCCUUUCCGUAGCAGAACACUGUAAACACCCCCACCCCCACCCCCCACCCUGAGCCUACCGAGCAGCUGCACAUCCCCCAGUCACAAAAGGCCGGGUCUGGCCCAGGGGGCCAGGGUCCCCCAAGGCCCCCCAGGUGGGCAGAGGUGCAUACCGGAAGUGCUACUGUGAUCCGGCGGGUGGUCCGACUGCUGCGGUGGCUGCCACUGCCACCAGCUCUGCCGGGACAGACACCAUUUCCAGUGAGAGCGAGGCUGUGCUUGGAAAUGAAUGUGAGCUCGUGUUUGCUGCGAGAACUGACCAGCCAAGCCCGCGCCUGUGCUGCAGAUUUACCCCAAACUGCCAUGUCUCCCCAGUCCAGGCGUUUCUUCAGAGGGUAGAGUAUUUUAGCAAAUCAAUAAACAGUUGAUCUCA